UUCUUCAUUUUCUAACGUCAAGCUUCAAAAAAAAAUUUAAAUCAAAAACAAAAAAUAAUUUCUUUUUUUUUAAUGGCCAAGGGGUUUGAUCCAGAGCUCGAGUUCAAGCUCAAGCUCGGCAGGGAGCCUCAUGUUUCACCAAAUGAUUCCGAUUCUAUGAGAUUAAGCAGGGUUACAAAUUGGCUAAGUAACAUGCAAGAAUAUCAACACCCACAUCCGCAACAACAACAGAUAACCAUUUUCUACAAUGGUAGGGUGUGUGUUUGUGACGUGACCGAGCUUCAGGCAAGGGCGAUAAUAAGCAUGGCAAGAAGAGAGAUGGAAGAAAGAUCGACGGAACAAAGAGAAUUAGCGCCAAUGGAGGCGAUUGGGCCUCGGUUGGUGAAUCAAGGACUGUCUAUGAAAAGAUCGCUUCAAAGUUUUUUAGAGAAGAGGAAGACAAGGAUAGAUUCUACAUCGCCUUAUAGCUAUUAAUGAUUUAAGUGAAGAUGGAUAUUGUUUGUAUAUUGUUUAAUUUCCUCUGUGGUUACAUUCUUGGUUAAUUAAUUUGAUCCACCUCAAGUGUCAUCUUUAAUUUUCUUCGGUCA